AUGAACAAGACACAAGGCAUCACUAAGAAGAAGACUAGAGGGGUCAAGAAAUCUGCAACAAGCACAUCCAAACAGAAAAAGUCUAGAGGAAUCAAUGCCAAGGCUGUAAAGGAGCAAAUAGCAAGACUAAAUGCUGAUAUAUCGAACGUUACAGAAGUUACACAGCUUGUGAAUUCAGCAGCAAGCAGCACCGAUGCAUCGAAGAAGACCGUUUCUGCUCUAGAUACUCAAACACUUAUCAAAGACUUACAUGAAGACAAACAGAACAACGAACAACGGAAACAAACAAACGAAGACUUGGCAGCACAGUUGGAACUGAUAGCAGGAAUGGAGCUAUAG